AUGGCCGUGAAGCACAACAACAUCCUUCACAACAACCACUUCCGCAAGGACUGGCAGCGCCGGGUUAAGGUCUGGUUCGACCAGCCUGGUGCCAAGAAGAGGAGACGUACUGCUCGUGAGGUCAAGGCUACCAAGCUCGGUCUCCGCCCCGUCCAGCCUCUCCGCCCCGCUGUCCGAUGCCCCACCCUCCGAUACAACACCAAGGUCCGCUCCGGCCGUGGCUUCACCAUCGAGGAGGUCAAGGCUGCCGGUCUCGGCAAGAAGUACGCUCGCUCGGUCGGUAUCCCUGUCGACCACCGUCGCCGCAACAAGUCCGAGGAGAGCCUCAAGAUCAACGUUGAGCGCAUCAAGGCUUACCAGGGCCGCCUUGUGGUCAUCCCCAAGCUGAGCAAGCAGAACAAGGACAAGAAGGUCGACCUUUCCAACGUCGAGGCUGUCCGCAACGUCCAGGCCGUCCUUCCCCUGCCCGCCGGUGCCGAGGCCGAGAAGCCCCGUGCCAUCACUGCCGAGGAGAAGGAGUUCAACGCUUUCGAGACUCUCCGCAAGGCUCGCGGUACCCACCGUGCCGCUGGCAAGGUCAAGGCCCGCAUCGCCAAGAAGGAGGAGGAGGCUGCCAACGCCAAGAAGUAA